AUGCCGUCGUCUAGGCGUUCCAGCAGACGCUCCCUACCCCGCCUGCCCCUGGUGCUCGCUGCCGCCGCCAUGACCGCUCCGGCCUAUGCUGCCGACCCCGUAACCCUGGGCAAGCAGACGUUCAAAUUCUCCCUCUCGGAGGUUUCGCAGUGCGGACAAAUGACUGUCACAUGGCAAGGAGGACAAGGGCCGUACCAUCUGAUCACUGUUCCCUGGAAUGUCAAGGACAGCGCGCAGGUGUUCAACGUUUCCGUCCCGCAAAAGGAUGGCAACGGACCAUGGACGCAUACGUUCGACUACAAGCAGGCCGUUGGUCAGCAAUUUGUUGCCACCAUGUACGACUCCUCCGGUUGGGGUUCCGGCGGAGUAUCAGACAUUCAAACCGUCAAGGACGGUGAUUCUUCGUGUUUGACGCCGGACAACAAGGACAUGCCGAUAGACGGGAAAGGGUUCUGGAUGGAGCCGACCAAAGUCGAGGAGUUCCUGCCGUGCACUACGGCCAGGUUUGCGUGGAACGAAAACUUCGACCUACCGGCCAACGUCGCAGGCCUCGUCCCGGCCGGCGACACCUUCGAGAUCCCUAUCACGAAAGACAAGCAGUCGGUCGACUGGAUCGUCAACGCGGAAGGCGGCACACCCAUGGUUUUCGUCGUCCUUACGAGUGGCAAGUACGGCACGGCUGGGUCACUUUCACCACUGAAGGUCGGCGCUAGCACCCAGAACGGCUGCCUGGACAGCUCCAGCCCUGGUACGACUGGCAUUCCUCAGCCGGUUGGGAGCCAGACUGCCAGUGCGACAUCCGGCUCCGGCUCUUCCCAGACCGGAACAGCGUCGCCCACUGCUUCGGGAGAUGGCUCUCAGGCUGGCUCUGGUAGCAAGUCGUCUGGCAGCAAUGCAGGCACGAUCGCAGGUGCUGCUGUGGGGUCGGCUAUCGGCGCACUCCUGCUUGCAGGUCUGGUUCUAUGGUGCUUCCUGAAGCGCCGCAAGCAGCCCAAGGACACGCACGCCGUCAGCAUCGACCUGCAGGAGACGGACGAGUCGAGCCCGAUGCGCCGUAACGCGGCGAACGCCGCGGGCUACGACGCCGACUCGCGCGACCCGUAUCUCAACCCGUACCCGAUGAGCGUCCCCGCGCCGAGCUUCCACCGUGGUAGUGUCGCGACGAGUAGCGAUGCGUCCGGCAUCACUGGUAUCGGAUCUGGGUCCGGUUCUAGCACCAACCUGACCGAGAAGCAGCGGCUGCAGCAGAUGGAGGCCAUGGCCGCUUCAUCGUCGCGGUACCAGCACUCGGCAUACGGCAUGUCGGAGGAGGUCGACAGCGAGGCCGUCGGCCCGAUCGCCAUGCCCCCGCCGUCCUACGACCACGUCUUACGCGUCACGAACCCAAGCCCGCAGCCGCCGCCCGGCGGUUCUCCCGCUAGCCCAGAGCCGCGGAGCCCAUAG